AUGAACUGUCCAUUAUGUUUAAAAAAGCGCAAUAUAUUCAAUUCCUACGACAAGGCGCCUAGUUACGAUAAACGUGAAUAUGAUAUGUCUUAUCCUUACGACGAUUAUGGUUUUGACGAUUAUGGUUUUGACGACUUUGACGAUUAUGGUUUUGGCGAUGAUUUUGACGAAGGUGGUUUUGACGAUUUUGAUGAUCUUGGCAUGGGGGGAUUGGAGGGAUAUGAAUACGGUGGUUCAUACAAUGAAUAUACAGAAUAUGGUG